AUGGUGGGAACGUCCAAACGGUUUUCAUUGCUGGCAUUCCUACCCUGUACUUUGGAAGACUUUUCUUCUGAUUACCUACAACACCACGGAUUAAGUUGGCAGCAGAUGAAAGAAUUUGCAAUGGCAUUCCUACCCUGUAUUUUGGAAGACUUUUCUUCUGAUUACCUACCACACAACGGAUUAAGUUGGCAGCAGAUGAAAGAAUUUGCAAUGGUAAUAUACUACCAUUUUGCACUCUUGGGCUCUACAAACCCAACUUCAGACAACGGAGAUUACAAUGAUGAGCUCUUCUGCAGUUCACUCUUUGGUCAUUGUUUGAGACACAUAUGUCAAUAUGUCCUGAAGACCAAUUUGGGUCGUAGACGGGCUCAAACACCUGCACAGUGUAUAGCUGCUUACAUUCGAGAUUUGAGUGAAUUAUUUCAUAUUCUGAAGAAGUUCAUUGACCAUCAUAUUGGACAUGAUGUGGAAGAUUAUUGUAUUUGUGAUGCAUGGCCCACAAAUGACCGUAAUGCGGUAUAUAUGUUGGUGCCAUCAAGAACAAAUAGUGCAGAUUUUAUGGCUCAGACAGAGAGUGUAGUAAACGUUCUUCAUGACUAUUAUACUUGCAUACAACGCAAUUGGGGAGCUGGUCGGUAUACUGCUCCAAACGAAUGUUUGUGGGCGAUGACUUCUUCACCUUCCUUUGCCCCUGACAAAGCUGCGCCUUCACGGCUUUCGGACCUACCAAAGCCAAAGAUGAUCGAGCAUACUCGGGAUGCUAAAGAAAAUGUUCCUUUUUGUAACACCAGUCCACUGUUUGUGUGGAAUCAUGCUGUCACUCCUUUGGGAAAGAAAUCUUCGACAGAAAUGUUAUACCCAGUGGUCUAA